AUGGCCUGCAUAGCGCAGCUGAGUUGGCCAAUCAGAUUACGCAGAAUUUGAGGCUGGGCCUGUGUGAGAUGCUGGCCUGGGAGGGUCGCAACUGGCAAGUUUGAUCACAGAAGUAGCUGGAGACAGUAACGUUAACUGUCUACGGAAGGCAGGGCGGAUCUUUUUUUUUUUUUUAGUAUUGUGACCUGCAAACGGGGUGCUGACAUGCCUGUGACCUCCCAGCUCUUGAAGGCCUUCCGCAGCAGGGAGAUCCAGAAGUUCGGCAGCUUUGCCAUCCAGUGCCGGAAUGGGCACCAGCGCUGUCCGCCUCUCCAGCCCCUUUUCAGCUGUUGGCACAAAGAUGCCCGCUCUGCAGACUCUGUCUCGCGCUCAAAAUGGCGGCAGGCCCGCGGCUACAGGACCUCCUCCGAGCGAUGCUACAACUUAACCCCGCCCCAGGUCAACAGCAUCCUGAAAGCCAACGAGUACAGCUUCAAAGUGCCCGAGUUCGACGGGAAGAACGUCAGCUCGGUGAUGGGCUUCGACAGCAACCAGCUGCCCGCCAACGCGCCCAUCGAGGACCGGCGCAGCGUGGCCACCUGCCUGCAGACGCGGGGCAUGCUGAUGGGCGUGUUCGACGGGCACGCGGGCUGCGCCUGCGCCCAGGCGCUGAGCGAGAGGCUCUUCUACUACAUCGCCGUCUCCCUGCUGCCCCACGACACGCUGCAGGAGGUGGAGAGCGCGGUGGAGAGCGGGCGCGCCGUGCUCCCCAUCCUGCAGUGGCACAAGCACCCCAACGACUACUUCAGCAAGGAGGCCUCGCGGCUCUACUUCAACAGCCUGCGCACCUACUGGCAGGAGCUGCUGGACCUCAGCGGCCCCGGGGAGGUGCCGGACAUUAAGGAGGCGCUGGUCAACGCCUUCAAGAGGCUGGACAACGACAUCUCCCUGGAGGCCCAGGUGGGCGACCCCAACGCUUUCCUCAACUACUGGGUGCUGCGGGUGGCUUUCUCGGGGGCCACGGCCUGCGUGGCGCACGUGGACGGCCACGACCUGCACAUCGCCAACACGGGGGACGGCCGCGCCGUGCUGGGGGUGCAGGAGGAGGACGGGUCCUUCACGGCCCUCACCCUCUCCAACGACCACAACGCCCAGAACGAGGACGAGAUCGGCCGCAUCCGGUCGGAGCACCCCAAGAGCGAGGCCAAGACCGUGGUGAAGCAGGACCGGCUGCUGGGCCUGCUCAUGCCCUUCCGGGCGUUCGGCGACGUCAAGUUCAAGUGGAGCAUCGACCUGCAGAAGCGGGUCCUGGAGUCCGGGCCCGACCAGCUCCACGAGAACGAGCACACCAAGUUCAUCCCGCCCAACUACCACACGCCGCCCUACCUGACCGCCGAGCCGGAGGUCAUUCACCACAGGCUCCGCCCGCAGGACCGCUUCCUGGUGAUGGGCACGGACGGGCUGUGGGAGACGCUGCACCGGCAGGAGGUGGUGCGCAUCGUGGGCGAGUACCUCACGGGGGUCCACCACCAGCAGCCCAUCACCGUGGGCGGCUACAAGGUGACCCUGGGCCAGAUGCAGGGCCUGCUGAUGGAGCGGCGGGCCAGGGUGUCGUCCACCUUCGAGGACCAGAACGCCGCCACCCACCUCAUCCGGCACGCCGUGGGCAACAACGAGUUCGGGACGGUGGACCACGAGCGCCUCUCCAAGAUGCUGAGCCUCCCGGAGGAGCUGGCCCGCAUGUACAGGGACGACAUCACCAUCAUCAUCGUCCAGUUCAACUCCCACGUGAUCGGGGCACAGCAGCAGUCGUCAGACGGGGAGGUGGCCUGAGGCGCCAGAUGUCCGAGACGGAACCGGAACGGUCAAAUAUCACACUUAUUUUUUUUUGCACAAAAAUUAACUUCUGCCCCUUUUUUCAUGUGGACACAUUCGGUCAAAAGAAACAAGGACCUUUUUUGGUGACGGUUACAAAACCUAAAAAUGAUUUGCUAUGUCUCGUACCACGCUGUUGAGUCUCCAACGGUAUUGCGCACAGUUGAGACUUACAGGCUGAGUGCAGCGAUAGCGAAAAGCGCAUGGCUUCUCUGCCAGACUCCUACAGUAGGGGUGCUGCAGUUGUGCAUUUUUGAUUUUAGGAACAUUGACAAUACCUCAGCACGUGUUUAGCUCAGAUGUUAUCUAAUACACCGUAAUGAAACUGAGCGAUUAGGCUUGCAGUACGGGUAUUUGUCCCUGUAUUAUUAGGAGGAGUUAUUUAUUUUCAAAUGUUCAUACUCCAAAGGUUUUUGCGUUCUGCAGUAUAUAAAAGGUGCUGAGCAAACACUACAUCUUUCUUUUGACUUUUGCCAAUUCAGCGAUUCCAUCUGCAUCGCACUUAUAAUUUGUGUGUUUGACAAAGAUAUGUAUGUAGUGGGCAGUUUUCGCUUGUUUUUCACAGCAUGCAAAACGUAUUCUGCUUGCAAAUGACCCGCUUGCUGGUCUUACUACUCUUAAGUUGCCAAAAUAACUGAGACCUUUCAUACAUCAGCACCAUAGAAACAGCCCACAACCUCAGAUGAUCAUGACCCAGGGUUUUACUCCCAUCCUUUCUGGCAGAGCUUAAAUCAAGUUAAGAGUAUGGAUUGUUUGAGUCCUAGUGUAAGAUCUUGCAAGGUCUUAGUUUGAGGUGUUCUCUUGCAAGGUGUUCUCAGAAUGGAUGUUAUGCUAAACAACUAGCACAGGAUAAGAUUGUUUCCUAUACACCAGUGCAGUAUCAGAAAUGAAAGCAACGUCACUCAGAAAAACUGCACACGCACUGUGAUGCACCAUGUCAUCGUAAAAAAAUGUAAUAUUAAUGGCAUAUCUGUACGGAGUUAGGCACACAUACACCGAUCAGCCAUAACAUUAAAACCACCUGCCUACAAUUGUGUAGGUCCCCCACAUGCCGCCAAAACAGCUCUGACCCGUCAAGAGUUUUUAAAAUCGUGGAAAUAAUUCACCCUCUAACAAUAUCUUAUCUUUUUAUAGCCCUAUAGCAACUAAUAAUGUAAUAAACUACCAAUAGUGUAAUAACACCCUAUAAUGUAAUCCCUUUCAAAUUUUUUAUGUAAUAAAAACCAAUAAUGUAAUGAGUAGUAGUAGUAGUGGUAGUAGUGUACUUUAUUGAUCCCAGGUGGGAAUUUGCACCUUUGCAGCAUGAAAAGACAACAAAGUAACACAAUCAGAUACAAAUUAACAGUAGAUACAAAAUAUCAGAUACAAAUAUACAGUAGAUACAAAUAUAUACAGAAAUCCCAGUGUAUCAGAGGACACCUUCAGAGGUGGAGUACAUGCCUCGACUGGUCACAACUAUUUUGGCGGCACGAGGGGGACCUACACAAUAAUAGGUAGGUGGUGUUAAUGUUGUGGCUGAUCGGUGUACAUUUAGUAAAUGCUUCACUUUAAGUUUAUUUUCUAUUUUGUGGUUUUAAUUAUUUAUUUGGAAAGCUGUCAAAUCUUUCAGCAAGGAGUGCUGUUGUUCUGUCUCCAUGUUACCAUUGUAAAACGCCUCCAUGCAACCAUGUUUGAAGUGUACCUUUGUAAAACAUCUCCAUACAAAUUGCACUAUAAAAUCCUGGCCAAGCGUAAGCUGGUGUUUACAGCAGUGCGCAAGACUGCCUUUAGGAAAUGCCAUUGCCUUUCUGGAUGGGCGGUUGCAAUAGUACUGUGUGUCCUGAUCCUGGAGUGAUAAAACAGGGUUGGGUUUCAUUGGCCAGUGGAACACUGGUGUCUGAGCCCUGCUCGUUUGGUUCCCGUUCUAAAUUAUGUCAGUGGUAUUUCCACCAACAACAAAUUGCAGUUCGGCCAUUUUGAUCGUUGUCCCUCGACAACCUCUUCAGUGGCAUACUUUUUUUUAUUUUUUUUUAAGCAAGCCGAGUGAUUGUUAAUAAAUGACAGUGCUGUAACAGUACGUUAUGUACACCAUUCUAUGUCAACCUGACAGAGCACUCCCUGACAUUUGUCUGUUACACUGACAAAAUCUAAUCUUGGUCUGCCAGUUAACAUGGAUUGGUUCUCCUGUAACUUCUAACAGAAGAUUAUUUUUUGUUAUGUUCUUUCCAUUUUUAUAUGGGUAUGAACUAACUAACUUAUUUGGCCAAAUCUGUAAUUUAUUAUGUUAAUUUUUUUAAACUCUAGUCAGUUAGGGAUACCCAAGGUCUGAUAUUAAAUCCAGACCAUGCCAGUGCAUUCUAUGGCCAGCAGUCCUAGUGUUCUGGGCUCUAGGGUUGCCCAGGGAUGGGAGGGUUUCAGCUGGGCAGGGUGACAGUGUCUCAUUGUGCACCAGCAAACCACGUUGUGCUGGUCACCCGCACAUCCACCUGUUCAGCUGCGUAUGAAGCAGCUCCCUUCAGCUCAUGUAUGUACGAGCCUGCUUUGCGAACUCCAGCGUGAUACAAAGCGCCACUUGCUUCGGAGCAGAGCUGAUGCUUGGCUAUGCUCUCCUGAAUCAAUAGCAGCACUGAUGUCGGUUGGUUUGGCACUCAAAAUUUGGGAGCUAAAGGGGUGAAAAGAAUUUUUAAAAUUCAAUCCCAAGCAGAAGUGGCCAUUUGGCACAUUUGAUAAAGAAUGACUGGAUCACAAUGGAACAUUCUGCACAUCGGCCCAAAAUUACUAGCACUUGAAUGUUAUUCUAAAUAUGAAAUCUCUCACCGUCUUUAUUCCUGUUAAUAGAAGUACAAUAAUUCCACUAUUGGGUUGGUUAAUUCACGAUUAAAAGUAUGAUGUGAAAAUAUAAAUUAACCCCUUGAUAUAAGUUAAUUUGAGGCAAAGACAUUGUCUCCAGACUUAACCUAGUUCAAAGGUAGAUCAAUGUUCUUUUAAAGUAACAAAGUCCUUUUCAGUGUUUUGGCUGAAUCUUUUGUUUUAACUUGACUCUAGUCUGGAGGCUUGUAUUUCACAACUGAAAAUGUACACAUCAUGAAGUACACAACUAAAAUGUCAUAUAUCAUUGUGUUUCUGUCGUGUUCCUGGCUAACUACCAUGCAUUUGUUCUAGUAUGAUGUCUGGAACAAGGCCCUAACUAGGAUUUGUUACUUGACAUGCUAUAUUUGCCAUUUGUGGGAAAAAGGGUAUUGGGUCAAUCCAGAAAAUUGUUUGGUCAAAAACUUGUCAGGCCCCCUUAUUUGGACCCAUUUGUUUGUUAAACCCAUACACAACAGCAGUCCGCCGACACUGGAUUUAAGAACAUGAAUGAAUGAAUCAGGAGAUGCCUUGCUGUCAAAGUGCUUGACUGGAUUUAAUGAUUGUUGCAAGAUGAGGUAGUCAAGGUACCAGUCUAAAUUGCUGCUAAUUGUAUAUUCUUUUAGCAGCAUUUGGACGAGAGGCUCUGGUAAUGUAAUUGUACUUAACUUAUUUCGGAGGGUAUUUGGGAUGUAAAGGGACAACAGAGUUGUAGUCUACUGUCCUUUGAGGUUUGGCCGACUUGCUUGUAAGUGGCUGUGGGGAAAGAUACAUUAAUAACGUAAAUAUUUUUCAGUGCUGGAUUUUUCGGCAGUUACCUGCAGGCUGCUUAAGCUGCUUUAUUUUAAACAUUUUGCACUGGCAAAUUAUUCACUCUGUUCAAUGUUGCUGAUGCUGCAUUAAAAAAACUAAAAUAUUCUGCAAAGGACUGCGGUUCUGACUCAGUGCUUCUUCCAUGGGUGUCUUGAUCAGAUGUGAAAGGGCGGACACGCACAAAUGAGAAGCAGGCUAUGCUGCAGUGAAGGGUUUUGUCAUGUUAAAUGCUUGCAAAAUACUUGAAGGUCAUUUAUCCACCUUUAACUUUUUGUUUCAUAUAUUCAGGCCUAACAGCGUGUAUUUACAUAUAAUAAACUGGUAUAUGUUGAAAUAUGUUUUCAAUCUGUGAUAUUUUGUAUUGUAUAAAUAAAACACAAAUAACA